GUCCGGCCGGAGCCAAUUCUUGGGUUUCUGGUUUUCUUCUUUUGUCUCCCCACAAGCACCCAAAUUCUCCGCUUCCAGAUUAUUUCCUCCUCACAUAGAAGGAAAAUAAGGGAGAGAAUAUAGUUAAUUCUUGCUAGAUUGUUAGAUUGUUUUGAAUUUAUUCUAUUCCUGGAAAUUUCGAAUCUCCUGCAGAAACCGAAUCUACUUUCGUCGUAUCUGAUCGCGCGAGAGGAAAGAUUGCUUCUUUCUGAAAUAUCAGUGGUGGGUUGGUUAAUCUUCGGCCGUUCAUGGGCGAUUUUAGAGAACCUUCAGACGGCACGGCGGCGGCGGCGGCGAAGGAGAUGUCAGCACCGCCUUCGAACCCACACCCGUCUUCUAUAGGGUCCGACCGGUGGCUGAGGGCGGAGAAAUUGACCCAGGACAUCAUUCAGAAUGUCCAGCCUACAUCUGUGUCUGAGAAGCAGAGGAAAUCUCUCAUUGAUUAUGUUCAGAGGUUGCUCAGAGGCUCCCUUCACUGCGAGGUAUUCCCGUAUGGAUCUGUUCCUCUAAAAACCUUUCUUCCAGAUGGUGACCUUGAUUUGACUGCCUUUGGUGGUUCCAUGGUGGAGGAUGGAUUGGCAACUAACAUGGUAUCCAUUCUUGAAAGAGAGAAUCAGAACAAGGGUGCCGAAUUUGCAAUAGAGGAUGUCCAACUCAUUUCUGCUGAGGUCAAGCUUGUGAAGUGCAUUAUACAAAAUAUUGUUGUUGACAUUUCCUUCAACCAAAUAGGUGGCCUUUGUUCCUUGUGCUUUCUUGAGAAGGUAGAUCACCUGAUUGGCAAAGAUCAUUUAUUUAAGCGCAGUAUUCUAUUGAUAAAAGCCUGGUGCUUUUAUGAAAGCCGUAUCCUUGGUGCUCAUCAUGGUCUGAUUUCUACUUAUGCUUUGGAGACACUUAUUUUAUACAUCUUUCACCUGUUUCACUCUGCUCUAGAUGGUCCUUUAGCGGUCCUAUACAAAUUUUUGGAUUAUUUCAGUAAGUUUGACUGGGACAACUAUUGCAUUACUUUGACUGGCCCUGUCCGUCUAUCAUCUCUACCUGAAAUUGUGGUUGAGACGCCACAAAAUGACGGUGGUGAUUUUCUUCUGAGUAAUGAUUUUAUUAGAGACUGUGUCCGCAAGUUUUCAGUCCCUUCAAAAGUUGGCGAAAUGAACUCCCGAGCUUUUCAGCAAAAGCAUCUCAAUAUUGUCGAUCCUCUAAAAGAAAAUAACAAUCUUGGCCGUAGUGUCAGUAAAGGAAAUUUCUACCGAAUACGGAGUGCUUUCACAUAUGGGGCAAGGAAGCUUGGCAGAAUUCUUCUUCAGUCAGAGGAUAACAUUGUCAGUGAGCUUAAUAGUUUCUUCUCAAACACUCUGGGUCAUCAUGGAACUUCACAAACUCUUGACGCUGAAGAUCAUAGCCCACCAACAGCUGUCAAUAGUUUCACUUCAACACUUCCUGUGUCACCGAAAGAUUCAUCUGAACAAGAGGCGCUCACUUCUAGAAUGAAAUCCGGUUCCCUUGCUGAAUCCACUGGAAGUAGUGAUGAUGAUUUAACCAGUUCUGCUAGUUCAUGUAUUGAAAGUAAUGCACCUGCAAUGUGUAAACCCUUUUUUGCCCCUCAUCUCUUCUUUACCAAGGCUGCCUGCAAUAGUUUGAAGAAAGAUCAAAUUUCAGAGACAAAGCCAUCAGAGAGUCAAGAUGGGAGAGAUUCAAAGAAAGAUGUUUUGAAUGAUAAACAUGAGGUUUUGACCACUAACACAAACAUUCCCGGUCUUGAAAGCCUGAAGCUUCUGAAUAGUGGUUUGUCUGAUCUUAGCGGGGACUUCGAAUAUUACUUUAGCUGUUUGCAGUAUGGUCAGUGGUGCAAUGAACAACAGUCAGGAUCACAUGCACGCCCGUUAACACCCUCACGGUUUCAGAUAAAGUAUUUACCGGAUGCAGUUUGGCAGCCAUCACAAUCUACCAAAAGUGGUUUUCCUCAGGUAGGUUAUGAUGGUUUCAUCCCGAGUCAUGCGUUCUAUACCAUGAACCAGCCACUAUUAGUACCCGGUUUGGUACUUGGCUUCGAAGAGAUGCCAAAGCAACGGGGAACUGGAACAUACUUCCCAAACACGAAUCGACAAUCUCAUGGCUAUAGACACUCAAGGGGAAGAAGUGAGGUGACAUUGAGUUCUCCCACAAAAAAUGACAAGAAAACAACACGCGAAGAUGCACAUGUGCUUCAGAGUAGCUUACCAUGAAGAGAUGCCACAAUCUAAUGCGUGCAUGUUAGACGCACAAGAAAACCAUGCCAACAGCCUGCUCAGUGUUGUACGAUAUGAGUGAUAAUAUAUGGUCUUUUCCGGUUCUAUAGCGUGUUGUGUAUGUAGAUUGAUUGUGAAUAUCAUAGCUAGGAUCUGUAAUACAUAUCACUUCACAUUUCUGCUUCCCUGCAUAUCAUUUUUCCUUAACAGUAGUUUGGAAUAAAUUGAAGAAGCCCUU